AUGGAGCAUCAAGUCAUCAGUCAGGGGUCUUCAAAUGAGGAAGACACUUCUACUGGGGGCAGUGGUGCUGGGACAGAAUGUGUGUUGGACUACACUAAUGAAUUCACAACUGAUGAGAUAUUUAAGAGUAGAGAUGCAUUGGUUGAGUGGACUCGUGAUCGAGGAAAUAGCAACGGUUUGGUGAUUAUUAUCAAGAACUCAGAUGCAGGAGGAGCUGGUAAUAAGAAACCCCGAAUAAAAUUCUGUUGUGAAAAGGGUGGUGUUUAUAAAAGGAAGAUUGAUGAAAAUGUCCAUAAGAAAAGGCGUCUUAGGAGCAGUGGUACGAAAAAGUGUGGAUGCCCAUUUCUAUUGAGGGGUGUGAGCUUGGGUGAUAAUGAUGAGUGGAAAUUGGAGGUGGUAUGUGGAGUUCAUAACCACGAUGCUGCAAAGUCCAAUGCAAGGAGAUUAUCCGAAGAAGAGAAAGCAUUGUUGGUAGAUAUGUCCAAGAGUUUGGCCAAACCCAAGGACAUAUUGCGCACAAUUAAACAAAAAGAGGGACUCAAUGAAACAAAAAUGAAAACAAUUUAUAAUGUCAGACAAAGGUUGAAGUUGAAAGAGAAUGUUGUGAGAUCGCAGAUGCAUGUUUUGCUAAGUAAGUUAUCUGACCACAAUUAUAUUGAGUGGCAUAGAAGCUCAGAUGACAGUAAUAUUGUGAAGGAUCUGUUUUGGACCCACCCUGUUAGUGUAGACAUCUUACGUGCAUUCCCACAAGUCCUGAUCAUGGAUUGCACGUGCAAGACAUAUUCUUUUCCGCUUUUAGAGAUUGUAGGGGUGACAUGUACUAACAUAACCUUCUCAGCUGCAUUUGCUUACCUUGAUGCUAAGAAUGAAGACAAUUACAUAUGGGCUUUGAGUAGAUUGAGGACCAUGUUGGAUGAACAUUGUCUUCCUACAGUCAUUGUCACGGACAAUGACUUGCCACUAAUGACUGCCAUCCAUAGUAUUUUUCCUAGUGCCCGACAUUUUUUGUGUAGAUUACAUAUUAGCAAAAAUGUGUUGGCGAAAUGUAAAGGCAUGUUUGAAGGUAAAGAUCAGUUGGAGAAGUUCAUAAUGAGUUGGAAUAUGUUGGUGUUAUCGGAGACGGAGCAUGAGUAUCUGAAACGUUUGGCUGAGCUUGAUUAUUAUUUUGGUAGAUAUCCACAUGCACUUGAAUAUGUGAAGAACACUUGGUUGAACGAGUAUAAAGAGAGAUUUGUGUCUGUAUGGACAGAUACAUGCAUGCAUUUUGGUCACACAACAUCAAAUAGGGUGGAAGGUGCAAGUGCAAAACUGAAACAACUACUUGGCAACAGCCGAGGUAGUUUUGAAACAUCUUGGGAAAAGAUUCACUCCUUGUUAGAGUUGCAACACUUAGACAUCAAGGUAUCACUUGAGAAGUGUUUGACCAUCAUCCAACGCAAUUUCAUGCAUGAUGAAUUGAAGGAGUUGCGAGGAUUUGUAUCUACCGUUGCUUUGAAUAUAAUUGUUUGUGAGUCGAAGAAAGUCAAUUCAGUGGGGUUAGAUUCUUCGUCAUGUAGUUGCACCAUUCGACGCACACAUGGGUUGCCAUGUGUGCAUGAGAUUGCAAAAUACAGACAGACUAGUCGCCCUAUUCCUCUUUACUGUGUUGAUGCUCAUUGGAGGAAAUUGGAUUUACUGUACUCCCCGAAAAAUAGUGACCACGCAACUGACAUAAUUACGCAAAUGUAUACGAUCUUACAUCAGUGGAUGGAUAGCAAUGAGGACACCAGGAGACAUAUUAGUCUGAAGUUGGAGGAGAUUAUGAAUAUGGAGUCAAUGCCCCUUACCAAGCCUAAAGAACAACCAAGUAGAAUUGGCACUACUACUCGUUGCAAUCUUUCUGCCUUUGAGUUGGCCUUGUCAUGUCGAGUCAGUCAUUCACCAGUUGACACAGUUGCUACCACAUCCCACUCGGAGAAACCAAAGAGGCGUCCUCCUAAGAUGAAGGUACAUAGGAUGUGUCCACUCACUUCAUCUGAAUUGAAAGAGCAGUUCCCUACUGCUUUGAGACCAUAUAUUUCAUCCAUAAGGGAUUUUGCAGGUGACGGUAAUUGUGGUUAUCGAGUCAUAGCCGGGUUGAUGGGUUUUGGAGAUGAUGCUUGGAGCAAGGUACGCAGAGAUUUGUUGAAUGAGUUGUGCUCUCAUGAAACACAAUAUGAGAACCUUUUUGGGAGACGUGAUCGGGUUGACGAGCUUAUGCAUACACUCUCAUUCUUUGAGGAGUGCCCCCCGUAUGAUAGGUGGUUGACCAUGCCAGAUACGGGGCACAUUAUCGCAUCAUGCUAUAAUGUGGUCCUGAUAUAUUUAUCCAUGUCAUUAUCUGCCACAUUUUUACCAACCAGGACGACGUCAUUGCCCUUGUUAGAGCGCCGUCACAUUGCCAUCGGUUCAGUCAACGACAGCCACUUUGUUCAGGUGUUUCUGUUUCCAGGGCAUCCUAUGCCCCCUGUUUCGGAUUGUUGGCACCAAGUUUACCUACCAGAUGCUGAGGGUUGGCAAACUGCCUACACUGAACGUAUUCAACGUUUUAGAGAGAUUGUUGGUUCAGAUGUGGCUACCAGAGAGAUGGCAUAA